AUGGCUAUUCAUAAUAUCUGGCUAGGUCCGGUAUUCAUUGCAGCUUACAGCUUGUUCGCUCUCCUUAUAUGCAUCUCCAUAUCUGCUUAUUACCAUUACCUUCCUCCUAGAUGGCCGUAUCUUAGUGAGAUUGCAACACAACCGCCAGCCAGCAAUGUUUACAGUUUGAUGACAAAUCAUAUUGCUGUUAUGGUUGUUUUCUGGAUCUAUAUCAAACACCGUGAGAUUGUUUCUUAUUUCUCAAAUGAGGAUCAAGGUGGAUUCAAACGUGCCAUCUCUUUCGGAACAAUGUGUGUUGGCUUAGUGGGUGCCCUGGCACUUGAAAUGAGUGUUAACUUUCCUAAGGAGAAGGUUCCUUUCAUUCAAACAUCAGCAAGUUUAUGCGUUCUAGUAUGUACCGUUGUAUACAUCUGGAUGCACUCAUUUAUAUCUUUUUUAAUAAAAGAUGAUAAUAUAAAACGCAUCCCUCUUUUCGUUGUCCGCCUAUCUUUGGCCGCAGCUUUAACGUCUUGCACGAUCUCAAUGUUGGAAGUUUUCGAGAAGAAAGGGGAUAAUUUCGUCAGAACGACGGCAAAGCCAAUGGAUUUGUCCAGCACUGGAGCAGUUUUAGAAUGGGCUGUAUAUUUCUCUAUGGCCUUAUUCUUGUUAACAGAUGCUUAUGAGUUCCGUAAUCUGAUAGUCAAACCUUUGAAACUUGUUAUUCCUGGCUCACCCCUAUACAACACUCCCGACAACCUUCCCGCCCUCCGUACAAGGGAACUCUCUUUUGCUGAUCUCCCGUCAUCUUCUAUGACUGAACCGUUAGUCCGAUAA